CUAUUGGUUAUAUAGCUGCAUUACGCCUAAAAUAUCUGCGUAGCUAGCACCCCAUUCCUCUCUUCCCCUUCCUACAAGAUCGAGCCUCUCUCGGGCCCGAUCGCCAGAAUCCAGAUUCUCCUCGUUUCCACCCGUGGUCGCCGGUUACUCAACGAGAAACAAAAAUGAGAGAAAUUCUUCACGUUCAAGGUGGACAAUGUGGUAACCAGAUCGGAUCCAAGUUCUGGGAGGUCGUUUGCGACGAGCACGGUAUUGACCCAACUGGAAGAUACACAGGUUCCUCGGAUCUGCAGUUGGAGCGCGUCAAUGUGUACUAUAAUGAAGCCUCGUGCGGGCGAUUUGUCCCUCGUGCUGUGCUUAUGGAUCUUGAGCCUGGUACCAUGGACAGUGUGAGGACUGGUCCCUAUGGUCAAAUCUUCCGGCCUGAUAACUUUGUGUUCGGGCAAUCUGGUGCUGGAAAUAAUUGGGCCAAGGGGCAUUACACUGAGGGAGCGGAGCUGAUUGAUGCAGUUCUCGAUGUUGUGCGGAAGGAGGCUGAGAACUGUGACUGUCUUCAAGGUUUUCAAGUUUGCCACUCACUUGGUGGUGGAACUGGUUCGGGAAUGGGAACUCUUUUGAUUUCUAAGAUCAGGGAGGAAUACCCUGACAGAAUGAUGCUCACUUUCUCUGUGUUCCCUUCACCCAAGGUUUCAGAUACUGUUGUUGAGCCAUACAAUGCCACCCUUUCUGUACAUCAGUUAGUUGAGAAUGCUGAUGAGUGCAUGGUGCUGGAUAAUGAGGCUUUGUAUGACAUCUGUUUUAGGACACUCAAGUUAACCACUCCCAGCUUUGGUGAUCUGAAUCAUCUGAUCUCUGCAACUAUGAGUGGGGUUACCUGCUGCCUUAGGUUUCCUGGUCAGCUUAACUCUGAUCUUAGGAAGCUUGCAGUGAAUCUCAUCCCCUUCCCCCGUUUACACUUCUUUAUGGUUGGAUUUGCUCCUCUGACAUCACGUGGUUCCCAGCAGUACCGAGCACUAACUGUCCCAGAACUUACUCAGCAAAUGUGGGAUGCCAAGAACAUGAUGUGUGCUGCAGACCCACGCCAUGGGCGCUACCUGACUGCCUCAGCCAUGUUCAGGGGUAAGAUGAGCACAAAAGAAGUGGAUGAACAGAUGAUCAAUGUCCAAAACAAGAAUUCCUCUUACUUUGUUGAGUGGAUCCCUAACAAUGUCAAGUCUAGCGUGUGUGAUAUUCCUCCUAGGGGACUCUCUAUGGCAUCAACCUUCAUUGGUAACUCAACCUCAAUCCAGGAAAUGUUCAGGCGUGUGAGUGAGCAAUUCACAGCCAUGUUCAGGAGAAAGGCUUUCUUGCAUUGGUACACUGGGGAAGGUAUGGAUGAAAUGGAGUUCACAGAGGCUGAGAGCAACAUGAAUGAUCUUGUCUCUGAAUAUCAGCAAUACCAGGAUGCCACAGCUGAAGACGAGCUCGACUAUGAGGAAGAAGAGGAAGGGGUUGCUGAUAUGUAAUGAACCGUGGACGUUCCUUUACCACGUCUUUUACAGAAUAUGAUGUCUAAAGUGUAUCUUUCUGCUUUUCGUUGAACAUGGGUGGAUCAGUUCAAGUCCAAUCGAGUAAUCUGAAGAGUGUUGAAAAGUUCCUAUAUUAUUAUUACCCAUUGGUGAAUCUGUCUAGUAGUCAAAUAUUAGUAAGAAGAUGUUCUGUAUUUGCGAUGAGUUCCGUAUUCUGGCUUUGUUCUCAUUUUCAUAUUUCUACAAAUAUAAUGAAAAUUUUCGAGUCUUUGAAGCGUA